AUGCGAAUAGUGGUUGCUGGCGGCGGUGGCUUUGCCAGUAUUCUUAUCCACGAAUUGUCACAGACUUCGCAUGCCUUACUGGUGCUAUCACGAACGGUACAUCCUGAACUCGAAGAACUGUAUGGCUGCCAGGUUGCUGUAGUUGACUAUCAUGAUACAGAUGGACUACGGUUUCUAUUGCAAGGUGUCAACCUGGUCAUCUCAACAAUUCCGAGCCUCGAGCAACUCAGUCUGAUUGAAGCUUCCAGGGCAGCUGGUGUUGAUCGCUUCGUUCCAGCAGAGUUUGAGGGUCUCACAUCUCAGAGACCGCCCCCAGAAGUUUUUGAUCCCUACGUCGGCAAAGGGUCGUCGGAUGCACGUGCGCUGCUGCGACGCUGCUCACGGUCAAAGUCGAAUCCGCUGAAGUACACUAUUUUCUCCUGCGGCAUGUUUUACGAGCGUUUUGGGCCAGGUGGCCUCCAGGCAAAUGGCAUGGGGGCGUCCUUUGAAAUAUAUGGCCAUCGGGAUUAUAUGAUCGACAUUGAUCGCGGCGUUGCACAAUUGCCAGCAACAGGUCCCAAUGGACGUCCUGUCGGUAUCGCGCUUACAUCGGCUUAUGACGUCGCUCGCAUAGUCGUGGCGGCACUUGAACUGGGCAUCAAUAACUGGCCACAUGAGUUCAAAAUGUGUGGCGACCGAAUGUCGAGCAUGCAACUCUCGCGACUGUGCAGCGAGGUCAUGGGAAUGCCCUUCGACGUGCGUGCAAUGUCGUACGAUGAGAUUACGCUGGGGUUGCAGGAGUGCAGUGAGCCGGAUCGCGUAGCCGAGUGGUGUUUCCUCCAGCACCUUCUGCAGACGGCGAACGGCCGAUAUCACAUGACCGGCGACAACCUCCUCAACAACCGCCUGUCGAUGCCUCCAAUGUCAUUUAGAGACUGGUUGCAGCAAGUAUGGGCCGUGCAAUGA